AUGGAACGGCAGGCGGACUUGACAAUCUAUGUGAUUGUUCUAUACAUUAUCUUCCUCUCCUUCCGCGUCGUCGUCUUCCUUUUGCUUCCCAAGAUCGGUCCUCGUCGUCUUCUGGCCUUCUUCCGCGCACCAGGGGCUCAACCAGCAUCAUGGUCGCCAAGCUGGGCCAAGAAGGCUAAGAUGGUCCUAAUGCUCAAUAGAUGGAUCCAUCACAACCGUCUGCACCAGUAA